CCUUCGCGGUCGUCGGCUUUACCUUAUUUGGUUUAGUACGACCCCACCUUCUACACCUCGCGCAAAUCGGACUCUAAACACGAAGUGUUGGGGCAAAAAGGACAUCCUUUAUAAAACAUUUUAAUUUUGUUUUAUCAUCCCCGCGAAUUCGACCCUAAACACGUAACUUUCCUAGCGAAAUAGAUACCCUUUUUUCAUUAUUUUUGUGUUUUUGACACCCUUAUCACGUUACGUACGUAACGUGCCCUAUCGUGAAAAAGACAUCCUUUUUACGUGUUUUUUUGGUCGCGCAUGGUAUCCACUCGUCAAUGUAAGUGGCCCCCCCGGGAUUUUUCUAUCUUGCAAACACUUUGGCUUCAGUAAAUAAAAUUGUUGAUAACACAGUGAAACUAAAUGAUUUCAACACUUUCCAACUCAGACUUAGUAAUAACAUGGCCGGCAAAGGAAGCCAAGAAUUUACUCCAGAUGCUGAGCUGUCAGCGAUCUGUAACAAGCUGUGGGAGCUAGAUGAGAACAGACUGGAACCGGGAGUAGACUACGAGAUCGAUCUUCAAGGCUAUACUUCCUACGGUAACAAAGUUGAUCAAGCAAGGGAUCCUCUGUUUUCCAGAGUGGAUGAAGGAGUACUACAGAAACCAACCUUUAAAGCUUUUAUCAGCCUUUUGGACAACUAUACAUCCGAGACAGGAGUGUCAGAAUGGGUAACAAGUGAAGAAAUUAAAGAGAACCAGAUAUUUAUUGACAGAAUCAUGGAAACAAAGGUAAUGCAGCUUGCAUACAAAGUGCUACUAAAGAAGGGAAAGAUAUCUGGAACAGUAAGGGAUUUCAAGCAUGACUUGUAUGACCUCUGGUUUAAACUAUACAAAAGAACAAGGGGCAGGGAGAAAGCCGAUUCUUCAGGCUUUGAGCAUGUAUUUGUAGGAGAGACGAAGAAUAAGGAAGUUAUUGGAUUCCAUAAUUGGAUUCAGUUCUAUCUUGAGGAGAAGAGGGGCAAUGUUGACUACACUGGUUGGAUUCCACCAAGAAGGAGGGGAAAGGGAAAAGCUGUUGCUGAUAACAGCGCUCAGCUGGUCAAGCUCCAGUUCAAAUGGAAGGAUACAGUCAAACCAGCGGGUAGUUCCUUCAUCGGUACGAGUCCAGAGUUUGAGAUGGCGCUAUACACCAUACUCUACUACAUCGGCAAGAAAGCAUACCAAUUGGAGAUCGAGGACUACGAUGUUGAGAUCGUCGUUCACUCCAUGUGUAAUAAAUUGGGUAGUGCGUAUCCCAAAGCUCUGAGUCAGGUUUAGAAGGGCAAACAUGUAUGCUGCCCUCGUUUGAUAAAAAUAAAGCAGGUAAAUAUCAACCAUUGAAACAAAUUCAUAUGAAUUCUUAAAUGAAUUUCAGACUGCAAUACGAAAUUACGACCGAGUUGUCAAUAAAUACUACGUUGAGUUUGAGUAGUCCCAUGCAUGCAUGGAAUACUGACUGGCCUGAUGGUAUGGCAUGAUAUCAUUCUAUAGUUUGCUUUAUUUUGAUUCAUUGUACAGUUUUCCUAUAAAGUGAUGUCUUUAAAGGUCAAGUCCACCCAAGAAAAACGUUGAUUGGAGAAAUAGGGAAAAAUCAACAUACAUGUAGCAUAACGCAAAAAAUUUCAUCAAAAUCGAAUAUAAAAUAAGAAAGUUAUGACAUUAUAAAGUUUCGCUUAUUUUUCACAAAACAUGUGAAACUGGGAAUGUGUGUAAAUAAUUAUCAGGGAAUUUUUCUUGAAAAGCUGGGAACCCUGUUGUAUAAAACUUUGCCUGGAGUAAGAGCUUGAAUUUGAAAUAUGACCAUAUUAAGAAAAAGACACUCAAAUUUUGAUUGCCACCUGCUCCCUUUUGUCAAAGAUGGUCAGCCAUGUUUGUUUUGAAUUAUAAAACCUUUAGGAUGGGAUGACUAAGAGUUAUACUAAAUAUAUUAUAUGUAUCUUAUCUUGUAUGUGGGUCCUUCCAUGAAGUUGGGACACAAAUUGACAUUUCAGCAUACGUAACUCGGUACUAAUUGUACUUUACAUGCAUAUUGUAUCAAGUGUAAUUGCCAUAAUUUGACUGUUGGACCAAAUGCAUGUAUCCUGAUGCUUACAUGGACACCGUGUCCUGGCCAUGUAACGGCAUUAUACACUGUUUUGCUCAAUAUCUUCAUAAAAAUGAGUACCGUAUUU